AUGGCAAAGGAUGCCUAUGCAGCAACAAAUCGCAAAGAUGAAUACCCUCAGAUGACAUUAUGGCUUGAAAGAAAAGAGAAAGUUGUCCACCAUGACCGAUAUAUCCAGAGGAGGCUUACCAGCAAAAAUAUCCCCUCAACUUUCGAGCUAAACACCAUGAGGCAUCCUCCAGUACUUGUUCCACACCGCAAGCUUCUCAUGUCCAAGCACCCUUCAGUCAACAGGGUUCUCUUCGGAACACUCAUUGAUGAUUAUGGUGCAAAGGACUUUGAAUACUGUUUGGGAGAGUAUAUUGCAAAGGCACAGGCACCAGAACAAGUUUUUACUACAACAACCCUUCGAAUAGCCACCCGGAGUGUGCUUACUUUUGUCCCUUUUCAUGCAGUUGCAGUAUAUCAUUGCAUCAAAUUCACUGAGCACAAUCCUUAUAGCAUUACUAAAGGGCCUGAGUCCAUAGUGGAUGCUAUUCAAGCAGAGCCAGGUCGGAAAGACAAGUAUGGCCGACCAAUACCUGGGCGAUUCGACACAGCACUUAUUAAUGUUGAUGGUGGGGUGACUAGUGGAGUAAAAGGUUAG